CCACUUCCAUUUGGCAAGAUGUCAGCAGAUUGUAUCCUGCGGUCCUCAUCAUGUCGGGCAAGGACAUGCUGUCCCAUGAUGACUUCGCCGUGGGUUGGAUCUGCACCCUGCCGCUGGAGAUGACGGCCGCCAAAGCCGUCCUCGACCACGAGUAUCCCAGGCUACCACAACCCGAGCAUGAUCACAAUACAUAUGUGCUCGGACGCGUCUCCGGGCAUAAUCUGGUCAUCACAUGUCUCCCAUCUGGAAUUUACGGCACCACAGCGGCGACGGCGGUGGUCAACCAGAUGCUAUCCACCUUUCGGUCCCUCCGCUUUGGCCUCAUGGUCGGCAUCGGUGAAGGCGUUCCAUCCCCUACCGCCGACGUCAGGCUGGGCGAUGUCGUCGUGAGCAAGCCAACUGCCGGUCUCCCUGGAGUGAUCCAAUACGACUAUGGCAAGACGGUUGCUUCGGGGCGCUUUCAGCAGACCGGGGCUCUCAACAAGCCGCCCCUGGUGCUUCUAUCCGUGCUGUCAUCGCUGGAGGCAGAUCGCCUGGCAGGAGGCUGCGGCAACGACUCCCAUGACAAGAUCAUGACGGAUGCUCGGAUCGCUGUCAAGGACCUGACCGUGUUUCGCUAUCCCGGUGCCGAGCACGAUUGGCUCUUCCAUGCCUCCUACGACCACGAUCCUUGCUUCGAAUUCUGUGCCGAGUGCGACCCAGACCGACAGGUAAGACGCCAACCUCGAGCCUCACCCACGCCGGUCGUGCAUUAUGGCAACAUUGCAUCGGGAAAUCAGAUCAUGAAGCAUGGCCUCACGCGCGAUCGCAUAGCCCAGACCGCACAUGGCAUCUUGUGUUUCGAGAUGGAGGCGGCGGGGAUUAUGGAUCUCCUUCCGUGUCUCGUCAUCAGAGGCAUCUGUGACUAUUCGGACUCCCACAAGAACAAGGAGUGGCAGGGGUUUGCGGCCUUGACCGCCGCCGCCUAUGCAAAGGAGCUGUUGGCCAAGAUUCCCGUCCUUCGGGUGGAGGCAUCCACGGUGAUCAAGGCCCCGGGUCCAGGGACCAGUAAUUUAUUCGAGGUUCGCUUCGACACAAUUGACAUUCCACGGUCCGUCAUUUGCGUGGGCCGGGAAGCGGAGCUUGCGAUGGUGUCCCAGAGUCUUCGUUCGGGGAAAUCUCGAGGCAUCGUCAGCUUAUCCGGGAUGGGAGGGAUCGGGAAGACCCAAGUCUCGAUCGAGUACACCAUGCGCCACUGGUAGAACUACUCAUCGGUAUUCUGGUUUGACGCCAGCAGUGCGGACAAGCUCUACUCCAGCUAUGUACAAGCGGCCAAGCGGAUCAUGCUCGAUCAUCCAGCCGAUGAGUCUCUGGGAAAGACCAUGAAGAAAGGCGA